AUGCGUCAAUCAUGGGAAGACAGCCAGAGCGCGGCGGAUGAGGACUACUCCUCCUCAUCUGCCUCACCCUCCCCCCCACGCUAUGAAUCCAGCGAGCCCGCGAUUGAUGAGCAGCCAAACGGCGCGACUCGGGUCAAAAACGCCAAAAAGCAGCCACCGGCCAAAGCCUCCAGCUCGGCAUCCGGCAACCAAAUUGGAAAAUGCACCUUUCGCAAGAUCGUCAACCACCGCUGGAGCGGCAACGACAUUGAGCUCCAGAUCCACUGGGAUGACCCCGACGAGAUCACCUGGGAGCCGGAGAAGGCCAUCCACCGAGACGCCAAAUCGGCUCUGAUCAACUACUGGAGCCGCCAGCCAGAGGGCCGACCCUUGAACCCCCAGGACCCGGAAUCAUUCACCAUCUUUGCCUUCAAGGGCGUCAAGGGCAGCCCAAAGAAGCGCCAGAUCCUCGUGGAAUGGGUUGGCUGGGCGAAGCCCACGUGGGAACCUGAGUCUGUCAUCAAGCAGACAGCGCCAUUGCUUCUCAGAGAGUAUCUCCAGAAGAGAUCCGGAAAGCAGUGA